CGGGGCGCGAUGUUGAACAUGUGGAAGGUGCGGGAGCUGGUGGACAAAGCCACCAAUGUGGUUAUGAAUUAUUCAGAGAUUGAGUCUAAGGUUCGAGAAGCAACGAAUGAUGAUCCUUGGGGACCUUCUGGGCAACUCAUGGGAGAGAUUGCCAAAGCUACAUUCAUGUACGAACAAUUUCCAGAACUUAUGAACAUGCUUUGGUCACGAAUGUUAAAAGACAACAAAAAGAAUUGGAGAAGAGUUUAUAAGUCACUGCUGCUUCUGGCUUACCUCAUAAGAAAUGGAUCAGAGCGUGUUGUUACAAGUGCCAGAGAACACAUUUAUGAUUUGCGAUCCCUGGAAAAUUACCACUUUGUAGAUGAGCAUGGGAAGGAUCAAGGUAUAAACAUUCGCCAGAAGGUUAAAGAAUUGGUCGAAUUUGCCCAAGAUGAUGACCGUCUUCGUGAAGAGCGAAAGAAAGCGAAGAAGAACAAAGACAAAUAUGUUGGGGUCUCGUCAGAGAGUGUUGGAGGAUUCAGAUACAGUGAAAGAUAUGAUUCUGAACCCAAAUCAAAAUGGGAUGAAGAGUGGGAUAAAAACAAGAGUGCUUUUCCAUUCAGUGAUAAAUUAGGUGAACUGAGUGAUAAAAUUGGGAGCACAAUUGAUGACACCAUCAGCAAGUUCCGGAGGAAAGACAGAGAAGAAUCUCCGGAAAGAUGCAGUGACAGUGAUGAGGAAAAGAAAGCCAGAAGAGGCCGGUCUCCCAAAGGUGAAUUCAAAGAUGAAGAGGAGACGGUGACAACAAAGCACAUCCACAUCACACAGGCCACAGAGACCACCACGACCAGACACAAGCGCACAGCAAAUCCAUCCAAGACCAUUGAUCUUGGGGCAGCAGCACAUUACACAGGGGACAAAGCGAGUCCAGAUCAGAAUGCUUCAACUCACACACCUCAGUCUUCAAUCAAGACGUCAGUGCCUAGUAGCAAAUCAUCUGGUGACCUUGUUGACCUGUUCGAUGGUGCCAGCCAACCAGCAGGAGGAUCGCCUGAUUUAUUUGGAGGAUUUGCUGACUUCAGUUCGGCUGCUGCAUUAGGCAAUCCCCCUUCCCAAGUAACAGCAACAAGUGGGAAUGGAGACUUUGGUGACUGGAGUGCCUUCAACCAAGCCCCCUCAGGCCCCACUGCUGCCAGCUCAGAGCUUUUUGGGGGACCUUGCCCCCAGCCCGCUGUCGAACUUGUCAGCAGCUCACAACCAGCUCUCGGCCCACCUCCGGCUGUCUCAAAUUCCACAGACCUCUUUGACCUUAUGGGAUCUUCCCAAGCAACCAUGACAUCUUCCCAGAGUAUGAAUUUCUCUAUGAUGAACACUAGUACCGUAGGGCUGGGUCUGCCCAUGUCAAGAUCACAGCCUUUGCAAAAUAUACUUCUGCAGAAGCCUAAUCCUCUCUAUAAUCAGAAUGCAGAUAUGGUCCAGAAGUCAGUCAGCAAAACCCUGCCCUCUACGUGGUCUGACCCUAGUGUCAACAUCAGCCUAGACAACUUACUACCUGGUAUGCAACCUUCCAAACCCCAGCAGCCAUCGCUUAAUACGAUGAUUCAGCAGAAUAUGCAACAACCUAUGAAUGUGAUCACCCAAAGUUUUGGCGCUGUGAACCUUAGUUCUCCAUCAAACAUGCUUCCAGUCCGGCCCCAAACAAACCCUCUGAUGGGGGGGCCCAUGCCUGUGAGCAUGCCAAUGACUGGCACCAUGGGAAUGGCCCCUCUUGGAAAUACUCCAGUGAUGAACCAGGGCAUGAUGGGCAUGAACAUGAACUUAGGAAUGUCAACUGCAGGGAUGGGCCUGGCGGGCACAAUGGGCAUGGGCAUGCCCAAUCUAGCUAUGACUUCUGGAACUCUGCAACCCAAGCAAGAUGCCUUUGCAAAUUUUGCCAACUUUAGCAAAUAAAAAGAUUGUCAAGGAGCAGAGCAAUGAAGUAUUGUUAGCUGUGCAAAUAGGUGAUGUUGGGGUGAAAAGGCUAAUCAACUCCCCUUUCUUGAUUUAUCAGUUAAUUAAAAUAAACCUACAUAACAAACCAAAAAGGCUGUUUUAUAUUUAAAAGAAAAAAGAUAUAUCUAUUAUUUCCUAUGGCCAGGCAAGAGCACUUCAGAUGAGAAAGGAAGACUUUUUCCCAGUAAGACCAGACCAGAUGGAAUAGGGAGACCACCGAAAGCAUUUCUAUCAAUUGAAGAGCCCGUUUUAACAUCAUGAUUUGUGGGAAGAGACUGGAAUAGGGCUGAAUCUCUAAUUUUAUACUUUCCUUUUCCUGAGGAACUUGAUUUCUUCUGUCCCCGAAUCUCCUUGUCAUAAUUCAGUCUGUUCCUUUUACUAUCACUCAGUCCAUAAAUGAAAUCAUUAAAGUUGGAUGACCAGUUUUUUAUAAGAAAAUAUAUUUUUGUCCAAAAGAGGCACACAUAUGUGAUUGUGGCUAAAUCAAGGGUAACUGGAAUGUAUAUACUUUUGCUAAUGUUCCAGCAACACUGCUAUUAUAAUACUAUCCAAAUUUUUAUUGUAACAAAACCUCUUUAAGCAAUUGGUCACAGCAAUGGGACUUUUCACAUCUCUUCUGCUAUAAUUAUCCUCUGCAGAAGUAGGAAGAAAUAUUUUUUCAGACUGCUCUAUGGUUUCCUUUAAAAAGUAAAGGAAAUAAAACCUCCAGUAUUUUUGUUUGUUUUUAGCAGUCAUUAUUUACACUUUGCAGUGAUUAACUUGGCAAGGCUUCCUUCCGUGUUUAGCCCUAUAGCCACCAUUAAUAGUCAGGAACAGUCAAAGAGAAAAAUAUUUAUUUUUAUGCUUUCUUUUCCAGAAACCAGUAAGGUAAAAAUCCAUUAAACCUUUAAGUUAAAUAUAAAUGUUAGAGCUCCAUAAUGUUGGCUUUUAGAUUUUAUACAGUGUUUGGUUUGGUUUUGAAUGUAUAUGACAUUAGCAAUAUGGUUCCAAUACAGAGGAGUUAAAUAUAUAUUAUUAAAGGAGGCCUGUAGCAGUCAGAUUUUAUUGAUUUAAUGGCAAAUGAAGUUAAUUUAAAAAAAUUUUUUUCUGCUGUAAUUCUGCAUUAAGCUCACAUGAAAAUCAUGAUUCUUGAGUUUGGAAUGCAAAAAAUAAAUUGUUUCACCCUCAAGUUGGGAAUAUUUUUAAAAAUAAAUACUAUAAUAUAGGUAUCAAAUUAUUACCUUCCCACUUUGUGUUGAAAUUUUUUUAUUAAAUUGAUGAAACUUUGUUUGCAUUGUAUUCAUAAUGUUCUGUUAUAAUAACAUUAAAAUGUUCAUUAAAAUCAA